AUGGCUUCGGCAAUCAGCUCUCUACCUGCCACGUUCAGGCUGUCGUCUCACCGUCCACGGUCAAUGCCCCGGGCAUUUCCAGCGUCAGGGUUCGAUGUCAUCGGGCAAGAUCAGCUUGUCGAGGAGGAGACCAUACCAGAAUACAUCUCAGAACAUUUCUAUCCUGUUCGACUUGGAGAAAUCUUCAACGACCGGUUCCAAACCGUGGCGAAACUUGGCUACGGCUCAUCCUCCACCAUUUGGCUUGCGCGUGACCUGCAGAACCAUCAAUAUGUGGCCCUUAAAAUCUACAUUCACAACUCAGCCCAGCACCGUGAACUGCCAUUUUACAGGCACUUAGACAAGUUCCUCCCAAGUCAGCACCCUGGCGCGAAAAAUAUCAGAAGUCUACUCUCUUCUUUUGAAGUAAUCGGCCCCCAUGGCAAACAUGUCGCACUUGCUCUUCAGGUUUCUCAAAUGAGCAUUCGUAAUAUGGACAUGGUAUUCAUGGACGGUCGCGGAUUUAACGAGGGGUUUGUGAAGGGAGCCAUCAAGGAGCUUCUCGAAGCACUUGAUUUCCUGCAUACCGAGGUACAGUCUGUACAUACUGAUGUUAAUCCCGGCAAUCUUUUACUCGGGACAAGCGACGACUCUCUCUUCCAAAAACUGGAAGAAAAUGAGUUCUCGAACCCCGUUCCUCGCAAGCAACUUGAUGGCCGAACUAUCUACCUCUCCCGCCUGAUGAAGCCUAAGGCUGGGCCUCUGCUUCUUUCUGACUUUGGGGAAGCCAGACUCGGCACUGGUCCUCACGCUGGCGACAUCAUGCCAAUCAUGUACCGAGCCCCGGAGACGCUCUUGCACAUCCAAUGGGGCUGCCCGGUCGAUAUCUGGAGCGUCGGACUUACAGCAUGGGAUCUCCUUGAAGGAAAGACGUUGUUCAGCGCCCGCAAAGAGGAUGGCAGUUUCUCGGACGGUGCUCACUUCGCUGAACUCAUUGCCGUACUGGGCCCACCGCCUCUAAAGCUCCUCAACCGGCAUCGCAAUCGAGCGCUCGAGUACUGGGAUGCACAAGGGAACUGGGGCAACUUUUUGCCUAUCCCAAGAGGGAAAACUCUUGAGACAUUGGAGACCAAACUUGAGAAUAAUCUCAAGUUUCUGCAAUUCAUUCGAAGGGCCCUAACGUGGGAUCCGAACGCUCGGCCUACGGCGAGGCAACUUCUGCAAGACCCAUGGUUGACGGGCUAA